CUCGUAAAAUCUCUCUCGACCUCCAGAAAAUAAAAAUAUAAAAAAGAUUUGAGAUUUUCUCGCACAAUUUUCUCAACCUUUCCAUCAUUUUCUCUCUUGACCUGGUCGACGAAUAUCACCCGUUCUCUCUCUCUCUCUUUCCCUCUCUCUAUCUCUUUGAAUCUGAACUGAUCGAAUUGUUUGAUUCCCAAUUCGAAAAAGCGUUAAGAUUUCCCCAAAAAUAAAGGAGAUCUUGUUUUUGAUUUUUCGCGGCGAGGGUUCGGUUUGGUUUUGAUCUUGCGUGUGUGUGAGGAAACAAACAAAAAAGGGUUUCAAUUGAUUCUCUUCUCUAUUUGGGUUUUUUUUUUAAAAAAUCGUAUCUUUUGUUCUUUCUUCUUAAUGUUUAGGAUUAGGUUUCGAAAACCCUAGUUUUUUGAUCGAGGAAGAAAGAGUUUGUUAAACAGAAAAACAAAAAAAAAGAGGAAAAAAAAAUAUAUUCAAUUCAUUCUUUUGUUACCCCAAUUUGGUUGUUAAUACGUCUCACUUUCGAUUUCUCCCUUUUUUCUAGGUUUUUUAGGGUUCCCCAAGGAAGCUCUGAAAAUUUCUGGUGCCUAGUAUUUUUUUAAUUGCCAUCUGAAAUCAAGAGUUUCCUUUUUUUUUCAUUCGUAGAUCCGUCUUCUUCUUCUACAAAUUCGUCUUUCAAUAAUCCAAAAAAAAGUAACUUUAAGUUUUUUUUUUCGUCUCUUUCGGAUCUGAUCUAUCUUCUUAGGGGGUUUUGAGUUUUUUUUUUUCAGGGAUUCUGUACAAAAGAGGGAUUUUUGUUUUCUUUAGGUUUACAAAGUUGUAUAUAGAGAUUAAUAGAAAUGGCUUUAAAUUUUUCACAUAGACCCUUUUCUUCCCAUCUAUCUGAGGAACCAAUGAAGAUAGCCAAUGGGAAUUGGUGUUCGAGUUUCGAGAAAGGUGAUUGCUUUGAUUAUGGAAGGAAGAAUACUGGAGGAGAUUCUUCUUCUGUUGACAUACUUGACGUUUUGCCGUCUGAUCCGUUUGGUAUGGAUAUCAACAACACUUUCACGGCCAUUACUGGGUGGCUUGAGGACUUGGAUUAUAAUAACCAGUAUGGAGGAAAGAGAGAUGACAUUUGGAUUGGUGAUGGAAACCAUCAGCAGCUGUUUGCUGGAUUGAGUUUUAUUUGGAACAAUGCAAUGCAGUUUCAGAGUAGUGGGUUUAAUUAUGGAUCCGAUGGGUUUGGAGGUGCAUUUGAUGGUUCUCUGUUUUCCGCUUGUAAAUUCCCCGAGAGUAGUGUGGGGAACAGUGGGUUUGGAGGGGCAUUUGAUGGUGAUGGAUCUUGUCAUGGUGCCUUUGUGUCUGCUAGUAGUGUGGAUGAGGUAUUGAGCCUUGAGGAUUUGAGGAGUAGUGAAGUUGUAGGAAGCAGUGAUCGCUGCACUAAUGGAGGCGAGAAUGCAAACGUUCAUCCAGCAUUUGGUUUUUGUCUUUAUCAUUUGGGAGUGAAGGAUCUUCUUUCAGUCAGUAUGGUUUGCAAAUCUCUGCAUACAACUGUGUGUGAUGAUUCGUUACUAUGGAAACAUAUACACAUUUGUCAACCAUUGAAUGAGAAGAUUACGGAAGAGUCUCUGUUGCAUUUGACUGAGAGGGCUCAGGGGACCUUGCAGUGUUUGAGGCUCGUAGAUUGCUGUAGAAUUACUGAUGAUUGUCUUAAGCGGGUGUUGGAGCGCAACCCACAAGUAGUCAAGCUUGGUGUGCCUGGAUGCACAAGGAUCACUAUCGAUGGUAUUUUGAGCAUCUUGAGGGAUCUGAAGUCUGUGGGAAAGCUUCAGUUGAAGCAUUUAGAAAUUGGUGGCCUCUUUGGGGUUACUAAAGAUCACUACGACGAAUUGUUUGAAUUGUUGAACAUAGACAAUAAUGUCGAGCAGAAGAUUCAGAAGCCCCGUUUUUACCAUAGAGGAGAUGCAUGUGUGUCCUGUGAUAAUGUCCGGGCACUAGAUAUUGAGAUGUGCCCAAAGUGUCUGAAUUCUAGGCUUGUGUAUGACUGUCCAGCAGAAGAUUGUAAAGGGAAAAAGGAAGGUUCUGAGGAAUGCCGUGCUUGUUCGCUUUGCAUACAGAGGUGUUAUCAAUGUGGUCGGUGCAUCAAUGACAGCGAAUACGAAGAAACGUUUUGUCUAGAGUUUUUGUGUGCUGUUUGUUCGAAGCCGGCCCCUAAGUUAACUCUCUAGGUAUAUAAUUCCAUCUGAGCCUUUCUUUUCUGUAUGAUUGAAUAGCUCAGUCUGUAUGGGUAGGCUGUAGUUUGUGGGAGGUGUAUCUGCCCAUGGGUGUUGCCAUAUGUAUUUUAGAAUUACUUAUUUGGUUUGACAAAAAAGAAAAAGAAAAAAACACAGGAAUAGAAGUAUUCAAGAAAGAAGAAAGGUAGUUUGGUCAGGGGGAAGACUCUACUGUUUAUGAGUGUGGCUUGUUUAGUUUGAGAAAGUUAUGAAUUCUGCAAAAGGAAACCCCAAGAACAUGGUCGCCUGAGUAAUAUGUUUGACAGCAGGUGAUGCGAUUUGUCUGUUGUUUCUGUGGUCCGAGUUUGGACUCGAGACUACAUAAUAAGAAGAGUUUGGGCACUGAUGGUACGGUGCUGAAGCUAUCAAGAGCUGGAUUUAGGUUAAGAAGCAGAUGAUCAUUUGGGAUUGCAGAUGAAGAACAUGGUCGUCUGCUUUCUUGACCGAGAUCAUAAACUCCAUGUCAAUGAAGGUAUUGCCACCACUAUGGUGAAAUCUUUUGCUUAGUGGAGAUGUUCUUCAACUAUCUUUGAAACUUAUUCUUUUCUUUAGAAUAAAAAAACAUGUUCCCUUCCAUCUUUAUUUGGAGUUUGGACACAUUGUUGUUGUUUUCAUAAAGAUUUGCUUUGGAUUUAGAGAUGCUGUGUAAGUUUGGAUUGUUUCAUGUGACUGCUGUUAUAUUCAACUCAAUAAACAAGCUGUUGUGAGA